AUGCUGAGACCAACGCCGGAUCACGUGGAUCUCUUGGUCCUCGGUGCAGGUUGGACAGGCGAUUUUCUCCUUCCUCUUCUGGACAGGAAGAAGAUUUCCUACGCUGCUACCACGACGGAUGGACGCAAUGGCACCAUACCAUUCAGGUACGAUCCCGACUCCAACGAGGAGGGGCAGUUUAAGCGGUUGCCGUCUGCCGUCACGGUAGUCAUCACGUUUCCUCUCAAGGGAACAGGGCAGUCCAAGCACUUGACAAGCUUUUACGAGAAGACACACCAGGGCAGCAGACCUCAAUACGUUCAGCUUGGCGCAACGAGCAUCUGGAAGGGCGCCGGUUGGCAGGAUGACAACUCACCCUACGACACGGCCAAUGCCCGCGCCAUUGCCGAGGAUGAAUUGAUGCAAGUCGCCAAUGGCGCCGUAUUGGACUUGGCCGGCCUCUACGGAGGCGCUCGCCAGCCUCGCAACUGGGUGGACAGGAUCGUCAAGACCAAGCCUGACCUCAAGGCCAAGGGCGCGCUGCAUCUGAUCCACGGCGAAGAUGUCGCUCGUGCCAUUCUUGCGAUACACCACACCUUCACGCCUGCGAAGCGCUGGCUUUUGUGCGAUCUUCACACGUACGACUGGUGGGAUUUGGUACAGGAUUGGGCAUCGAAACUGCUCCGGGAAGCCGAAUUAGGCACAAGCCAGAUUGACGAGGCUGAAGUUUCAAAGCAGAAGCAGCUACAGACUUGGGUUGGUGAAUUGAUGGAGGAAGAAGGCGUGCGCGCCUUGCCCCGGGAUACUGCCCUCCUCGGCCGGGUUCUAGAUGGAAGAGCAUUCUGGAAGAAGAUGGGCAUCUGGCCUAGUCAGGGACGCGUCUAG